GCUUUUCCGUCUUCAUCCUCUCGUUACCGUUGUCGUACCUUUUUCGGACUCUUCUCUUGUCCGAAAACGCAAGUUUUAUUGCCAUUGUCGUCCUUAUCUCCUCGUUUUGAUCCCCGCUGUUUCUGCUCUGUUUUCUCUGCUUCAGUAGCGUUCUCACCUACCUGCUUUUCUAAAUCUCUGUAUUUCUUCUUGAUUCUGCCUUGUACCGAAAUUCAGAGAAGAAUGAAUCACUCUCAAAACGGCGGUCUCGAAGACGUCGUUCAUGACUACUACGACGUCACUGAUUUCGAGCACGAUGAUCCCUUCGGUGAGCCGGAGCCUCAAAGCAACAACGGCGACUUCGAUUCACCUGAUUCGGACUUCGAAGACGAUUUUGAAAGUAGUAAGUCGAAGACCGAUACCUCGGCAUUGGAAGCUAGAAAUGGAAAAGAUAUUCAGGGAAUUCCUUGGGAGAGGCUUAAUUUCACCAGAGACAAGUACCGUGAGAUGAGAUUGAGACAAUACAGGAAUUACCAGAACCUCUCUUGCUCUCGUGAAGAGAUUGAGAAGGACUGCUUGCAAGUAGGGAAGGGGAAGACGUUCUAUGACUUCCAGUUCAACACAAGGCUGGUCAAAUCCACAAUUGUGCAUUUUCAGCUGAGGAAUUUGUUAUGGGCAACAUCAAAGCACAAUGUAUACCUUAUGCAGAAUUACGCAAUAAUGCAUUGGUCAUCCCUGCUAUGCAGGGGAAAAGAAGUGUUGAAUGUGGCUAAACAAAUUGUUCCAAUACUUAAACGUCCUGGCUUGUUGUCUCGGUCACUCUCUAGAGUGCAGAUAAGCACUAUGACAGUUAAAGAGAACUUGAUGGUUGCUGGGGGUUUCCAGGGGGAACUUAUUUGCAAGUAUAUAAACCAACCUGGCGUUGCAUUUUGCACCAAAUUAACUACAGAUGAGAAUGCUAUCACCAAUGCUGUGGAUAUCUACCGUAACCCUAGCGGUGUAAUGAGAGUUGUGGCAGCAAACAAUGAUGCUAAAGUUAGGAUUUUUGAUGCUGAAAAUUUUGCUUGCCUUAACUGCUUUUCAUUCAACUGGUCUGUAAAUAACACCUCAGCUAGUCCAGAUGGAAAACUGCUAGCUCUGCUUGGGGACAGUGUCGAGUGCCUGAUAGCUGAUGCUCAGUCUGGAAAAGUAACCGGAAGCCUGAAAGGGCAUUUGGACUAUUCUUUUGCUUCAGCUUGGCAUCCAGAUGGGCGAAUUCUGGCUACUGGGAAUCAGGACACUACUUGCCGGUUAUGGGACAUAAGGAACCUAUCUCAGUCUCUAGCUGUAUUGAAAGGGAGGAUGGGGGCAAUUAGAGCUCUCAAGUUCACAUCAAAUGGUCGAUUUUUGGGCAUGGCUGAGCCAGCAGAUUUUGUUCACGUCUUUGACACAGAAUCUGGUUAUGUCAAUUGCCAGGAAAUCGAUCUAUUUGGGGAGAUUGCUGGAAUAUCGUUUAGCCCAGACACAGAAGCUCUCUUUGUUGGGGUUGCAGAUCGCACAUAUGGUAGCUUGUUAGAAUUCAAUCGCAAGCGUUAUAAUCAAUAUCUUGACUCUAUUUGGUAGUUACAUCUUGGCUUUUACCUACAUAAUUGGCAGACAACUGUUUAUAUUUACUGGAGGUUUAUGUUUCCUCCCCAAGGUGUGAGUAUCAUUUUGAUGCUAAGAAGCUUUCCAUAAGGUGACUACCUUUUUGUUCGAAGAGUUUUAUGAAGAUUUUGCUUUUGUAGAUGUAGUUGGGUAUUAAUUAUAAUUUUAGUUUUUUUAAUCUCUGAUGUAAGCUUGUUAUGAAAAUAAGGGUUAGAUUUAUAUCUAUAUAUAUAGAGACUGUUGAAAUUGUAAUUUCAAGUAUAUAUUAAAUGUUAUUUCUCCUUUUUUCUUAUGAGAAGCAAUGUGUGUAUGGAAUUCUGCUGUAUUAAGAUCUAAUGCAUUAAUUAUCAUGAAUUAAUUUUCGUUUUAGUU